AUACUGUUACUGACAGACCCAGCUACUCUGAUACUGUUACUGACAGACCCAGAUAUUCUGAUACUGUUACUGACAGACUCAGCUACUCUGAUACUGUUACUGACAGACCCAGCUACUCUGAUACUGUUACUGACAGACCCAGCUACUCUGAUACUGUUACUGACAGACCCAACUACUCUGACACUACUCCUCAGACCUGAAUCCCAGGCCCCCCUUAACCUCUCCCCUACAGAGCAGCAGCACUAGCUGAGUAAACCACAACCACACACAUAGUGAUAUAUGAACCCACACAUAUGUUUUCACAAAUGUGAACAGAUCUACACACAUGUAAACACAUGUAAACAUAUACAUACAUUGACCACUACUGAUGUUGAUAAGGCUGAUAUUAUGAUGUUGGUGUUACAGUACUCAUAUAAGAGCUAGUCACUGAUUGGUCACAGAGGACACACUCAGUACACAGGAAUACCACACUGACUUCCUGUUGUUGUUUUCAUGGUGCUGUCAUUCAGCCUGAGGAAGAGAGUCCAAACAUUGUUAUUACAAGUUCAUUUGUCACAUAUAUCUCUCCCCUUCACACAUAUUGACUAGAGUGUGGAUGUUAACUGAUUGGCCACUGUUCAUUGAUAAACACAGAGAUCAUUCAUCAGAUGUGAUAAAAACAACUGUUUAACACUGGGUAUAUAGCACAUCCUCCAAUGCAUCUUGGGUAUUGAAGUUUACUAUUAUCACCACCAUAGUUUAGUGUUCCAAAUAAAAUGGUCAACGAUGAAAAAUAACACUAUCUCUAUUCACUAAUUAAAAGUCAGUUUUAAAACUCACUAGUUGAAUGCUAUAUAUUCAUGAAUGCUAAUUGGCUAUAUAUGAGACAAUAUACCACAGGUACAAUGCAAACAACUUAUUUACUGUUCUAAUUAUGUUGGUAACCUGUUUAUAAUAGCAAUAUGGCACCUUGGGUGGUUGUGGUAUAUGGCCAAUAUAUCAAAGCUAAUGGCUGUAUCCAGGAAUUCUGUGUUAAAGGUCUAAAGGUCUACUUUAGGUCUAACAUUAGACCUACUUCCUGACUACAGGUAUGAAGGUCUACUUUAGGUCUAACAUUAGGACUACUUCCUGACUACAGAUAUAAAGGUCUACUUUAGGUCUAACAUUAGGGCUACUGCCUGAUUACAGUUAUAAAGGAUUAUAGGUCUAUUAGCCUAUUUUAAGACUCUGUAUAAGUGUAUUUUCUGGUUUAAUGGUUAACUCAGUCAUCAAAAUGUGUGUUUGUUUCUUCGUAAUGUCUACAGGUCUCUUAAGGUGUUGCUAUCUAAGGUGAACACCUCAAAGAAGCUGAAUAAUUUCCAUUAAAUUCACGUUAUUGUGAAACCUGUUUACCUCGAUGCUAGACCCCCCCCUUCAUGUCACACGAAAAGGUUUUCAGGGAAAAGGACCACAGGCUGAAAACUUUCCACUCGAUCGAACCAAUCGCUGCUCGUAUGUCCUUUCAUGGUAAAGUACAUCUAAUCAUGAACACAGAAAUACACAGCAAAGACCUUUUUACUCAAAGACCCACCUACUCUCUGACAGUCACCAUCAGACCAUCAGACCGCAACAUGGACAGGCUGUGUGUCACCCUGAUUGCAUUCUUAUGUGCUGUUUCCUCCAGUCAGGAUGGGAUCUCUGCAGCAGAGGUGGAGAUGAGAGUCAGACCAGGAGACAACAUCACUCUCUACUGUGACUGUAACUUAUCUUCUGGAAUAUACAUUAUGUGGUAUAGGAACUGUUCUCACAAGUACCAGCCUCCUCUUGUUAUUUUAACUAAGUUUUUAAGUUCCAUCUCUCUUCCUGGAUAUAAUGUGGUGUGGAACCCCUCUAACAUCUCCUAUGAUCUACUGAUUGAGAACAUCACUGAAUCUGACCUGGGACUCUACUACUGUGGGACUGUGGAGUACAAGUUUCAAGAAGGAAAACGAAUGAAAUAUAAAGAGUUGUUCCAGUAUGGAAACAUCACCACUAGGAUUUCACUUGAAACCAGUCCUCCUGCCAGUCUAUUGCCAGAAACCAGUCCUCCUGACUGUCUAUUGCCAGAAAUCAGUCCUCCUGAGCCAUCCUCGUCCUCCCCUCCUCCUGUAGACUGUGGUCUGUGUUGGAUGUUGGUUUUCAGUCUGUGUCCUGUGUCUGCUCUCCUCUACUUCGCCUGCGUCUACUCCUUUUACAGAACAACAGCUCCAACUGAGACUCAGGUUCCUCUGAACUGGACUUCAACCUGGAACAUACACAUCUAUCAAUACCAGCAGAGUGUGAGACCUAUACCAGUCAUCAAUACCAGCAGAGUGAGACCUAUACCAUCCAUCAAUACCAGCAGAGCGUGGGACCUAUACCAGCCAUCAAUACCAGCAGAGUGAUACCAUUACCAUCCAUCAAUACCAGCAGAGUGUGAGACCUAUACCAAUGUAGCUGGGAGGGCAUUAUUUUUAAGAGUUACUUAAUUUUUUUUAACCUUUUCAUACAAGUGAUUUUUUUAAAAACUUUUGUCUGUAACCUUUUAAUAAUAAUAACAAUAGUGAUUUAGAAAAUGUGGUUAAGAUCAGGGAAUAAUGGUUAAAUAGCUGUUGUUACAGUCUUAGUUUGUAAUUCUAGGUGUUAAAGUUCAUUGUUUUCCAUUUGUAAGUGUAUUGAUAUGUGUUAAUGUAGCUGAAUAAAUAUUGAUUCAGUUUAA